UUGGGACAGGACUAAGUGCCGCGAGGAAGAUUUGAGUGUAGUAAUUAAUGUGCAGGGUCUCACGUGUUUGACCUCUGAGUAUAAUUAUGAUUUCUGUUAGCUUUAAAUCAGUACAUGUGCGACAUUGAUAAAUUAAAACAUAUAGCUGUUUUGCAGUAGUGCACAGUCUUCGUUUUCGAGGCAUCAAGAAAAUAUAAACAAGGCUGUCACGGAGCUCGCCAUGGACACGGGUCAGCUUUGCGCUGCAACACUCUUACCAUUUGGUGCCAUCUGCGUUGUUUUUAUUUGGGAUUGUGGUGCCAGUUCUUUAAUAAAAACAAGAUUUGCAGUGCUCACUUCAGGGGAGGAGUGUCCGGAAAACAAGGUAGUGACAGUGGAGUACCCCUGUAUUACAGCAAGGGGCACGGAUGGCACCUGUCUCAGGAGGAAAUGCUGUGAGGGCUUCAGGUUCGUGAUGGGCCAGUGCAUACCUGAAAAUGUGGAUGUGUGUUCUGGCUCCCCCUGUGAACAGCAGUGCACCGACAACUUUGGACGGGUUGUCUGCACCUGUUACCCCGGAUACCGCUUUGAUCGAGAGAGGCAUCGCAACCACCAGAUCUACUGUUUAGACAUCGAUGAGUGUGUGGAGUCCGACGGCAGUGUCUGUGAUCACGACUGCGAGAACACCGUGGGCAGCUUCCUGUGUCGCUGUCGCAGGGGUUACAUCCUGGCACCGGACAAGCACUCCUGUAUACCCAGUCACAACCUGAGCUCGUCAGGGAAGUCUGACACCCUGAUGAGUGCUGGCUCCUGCUCCCUCACCUGUCAGGACUUUGUCAACAUGAGGAACAGCCUGCUGCAGCUCAAACUGAGGCUGGGCAGCACUCAGUCACCUAACCAGGUGUUGUCUCCUGGCCUGGCUAACGGCAGUGAUAAGCCGUCUGCUGGGAGGUUGGGGAAAGGUCCUGACACCCCCGCCCUCCCUUGUCCUCCUGGCUCUCCAGGAUCCCGUGGGAUCCCAGGCCAAUCAGGAGUGCCGGGGGAGAAAGGAGAGCCUGGAGAGAGAGGCCUGACCGGCCCCCAGGGGCCACGGGGAGACAUCGGCCCUAUGGGCCCCGAGCCUGACCUGGAUCACAUCAAGAGGGGUCGCAGAGGAGCUGUGGGACCUCCUGGUGCACCAGGCAGAGAUGGACUCAAGGGUGACAGGGGAACUCCUGGUCCCAGAGGUCUACCAGGACCUCCCGGCUCCUUUGACUUCCUCCUGGUCAUGAUGGCCGACAUUCGCAUUGACAUCAUCGAGCUGCAGGAGCAAGUGUUUGGGAAGAGGCGGGGCCUCUCCUUAGACAACCCGCCCCACUCCAGCGGAGAGACAGGGUUCGGAGAGUGGGGCUCCGGACAAGGAGAGCUCAUGCUCAAUACCUGACCUCCAUAACCCUGCCCACGGCAACUGUCACUCAAAACGAUAAGCCAAAGGGAACUAAUUAAUCAACUGGCUCUUGUAAAGCAGAGACAUUGAACUGACUUAACUGACUCCUUCCCUCCAGUGAAACCUUGUCUCUAAAACCCAAAUAGGACUGUAUGAGGUGAGGAGACCUCUGAUCAGCUCUCUCCUGUCAGAGACAUAGACUAUAAACAAACGGAGAGAGAGAAUGGCAAAAAUGGAACCACUGACCCUCCAAACCAAACCACUGCAAGCUUUGCCUUGCCGCCUUGAUGUUUCCUUCUAGCCUGGCCUGGUCUGGUCUGACUGAGGAGAAGGGGUAUGCCUUUGCGUGCGAGGCACAGGGGGGUGAUGGUUGUAGCCCUGUCUGACUGUGUCUUUGUGUGCUCUGAGCUGAACAGCUUCAAACACAGCAGGGGCUUUAUCGUCUGCAUCUCUUCCUGUUCCUGUCAAAUCUGUACAGUCCGAGGAGAGGAGACUCCGGUCAGUCGCUGCCUGACACUGCUUACCUGCCCUGCAGGGCCUAGAACCAGACUCAGGCCCCAGACUGCACCUGUCCAUGCAACAACCCAAAUCAACAGCUUUUAUACUGCUGCCACUACACUACAGAAUAUCUGAAGCAUCUUUAGAGAUACAGUACAUAUACUACAUUAGCAAAAGUAUGUGGAUACCUGCUCAUCCACCAUCUCAUUCCAAAAUCAUGGGCAUUAAUAUGGGGUUAGACCCGCUUUGCUGUUAUAACAGCCUCCAUUUUUCUGGAAAGGCUUUCCACUACAUGUUGGAACAUUGCUGCGAGAACUUGUAUCCAUUCAGCCACAAAAGCAUUAGUGCGGUCGGGCGAUUAGGCCUGGCUCGCAUUCGGCGUUCCAAUUCAUCCCAAAGAUGUUAAAUGAGGUUGAGGUCAGGGCUCUGUGCAGGACGGUCAUGUUCUUCCACACCGAUCUCGACAAACCAUUUCUGUAUGGACCUCACUUUGUGCACAGGGGCAUUGUCAUGCUGAAACAGGAAAGGUCCUUUCCUAAACUGUUGCCACAAAGUUGGAAGCACAGCAUCGUCUAGAAUGUCAUUGUAUGCUGUAGUGUUAAGAUUUCCCUUCACUGGAACUAAGGGGCCUAGCCCGAACCAUGACAAACAGCCCCAGACCAUUAUUCCUCCUCCAUCAAACUUUACAGUUGGCACUAUGCAUUUGGGCAGGUGGCGUUCUCCUGGCAUCCGCCAAACCCAGAUUUGUCCUUCGGACUGCCUGAUGGUGAAGCGUGAUUCAUCACUCCAGAGAACGUGUUUCCACUGGACGUUUGGAACUUAGUAGUGAGUGUUGCAACCGAAGACAGACUAUUUUUACGCGCUAGGCACUUCAGCACUCUGCGGCCCCAUUCUGUGAGCUUGUGUGGCCUACCACUUUGCGGCUGAGCCGUUGUUGCUCCUAGACGUUUCCACUUCACAAUAACAGCACUUACAGUUGACCAGGGAAGUUCUAGCAGGGUAGAAAUUUGACGAACUGACCUGUUGGAAAGGUGGCACUCUAUGACGGUGCCACUUUGAAAGUCACUGAGCUUUUCAGUAAGGCCGUUCUACUGCCAAUGUUUGUCGAUGGAGAUUGCACCUGUCAGCAACGGGUAUGGCUGAAAUAGCAGAAUCCACUAAUUUGAAGGGGAUACAUACUUUUGUUUAUUUAGUGUAAAUAAAAAAGGAACCAUUUGAAAGUUUCAGAAAGUUCUUUGGAUAUGAGUGUUGGUAAACAUACUAUUUUUUGUUGUCGUUAGUGUUGAACUUUCCUACUCAAGAUAGGUACAUAUAUGGUGUGGAGUGGACUCUCUUAAUGCUAGCUAUUGAUCUACACCUUAGAUCACCUUCUAAAGCAUCAUGUGUGCCUCUGCUUGUGUGUAAGUAUGUACAGUUGAAGUUGGAAGUAUACAUACACUUAGGUUGGAGUCAUUAAAACUAGUUUUUCAAACGAUAGUUUUGGCAAGUCGGUUAGGACAUCUACUUUGUGCAUGACACAAGUAAUUUUUCCUACAAUUUUUUACAGACAGAUUAUUUCACUUAUAAUUCACUGUAUCACAAUUCCAGUGUGUCAGAAGUUUACAUACACUAAGUUGACUGUGCCUUUAAACAGCUUGGAAAAUUCCAGAAAAUUAUGUAAUGGCUUUAGAAGCUUCUGAUAGGCUAAUUGACAUUCUUUUAGUCAAUCGGAGGUGUACCUGUGGAUGUAUUUCAAGGCCUAUCUUCAAACUCAGUGCCUCUUUGUUUGACAUCAUGGGAAAAUCAAAAUAAAUCAGCAAAGACCUCCACAAAAAAAUUGUAGACCUCCACAAGUCUGGUUUAUCUUUGGGAGCAAUUUACACACGCCUGAAGGUACCACGUUCAUCUGUACAAACAAUAGUACGCAAGUAUAAACACCAUGGGACCACGCAGCAGUCAUACCGCUCAGGAAGGAGACGUGUUCUGUCUCCUAGAGAUGAGAACACUUUGGUGCGAAAAAUGCAAAUCAAUCCCAGAACAACAGCAAAGGACGUUGUGAAGAUGCUGGAGGAAACAGGUACAAAAGUAUCUAUUUCCACAGUAAAACGAGUCCUAUAUUGACAUAACCUGAAAGGCUGCUCAGCAAGGAAGAAUCCACGGCUCCAAAACUGCCAUAAAAAUACCAGACUACGGUUUGCAACUGCACAUGGGGACAAAGAUAGUACCUUUUGGAGAAAUGUCCUCUGGUCUGAUGAAACAAAAAUACAACUGUUUGGCCAUAAUGACCAUCGUUAUGUUUGGAGGAAAAAGGGGGAUGCUUGGAAGCCGAAGAACACCAUCCCAACCGUGAAGGACCAGGGUGGGAGCAUCAUGUUGUGGGGGUGCUUUGCUGCAGGAGGGACUGGUGCACUUCACAAAAUAGAUGGCUUCAUAAGGAAGGAAAAUUAUGUGUAUAUAUUGAAGCAACAUCUCAAGACAUCAGUCAGGAAGUUAAAGCUUGGUCGCAAAUGGGUCUUCCAAAUGGACAAUGACCCCAAGUAUUCUUCCAAAGUUGUGGCAAAAUGGCUUAAGGACAACAAAGUCAAGGUAUUGGAGUGGCCAUCACAAAGCCCUGAUCUCAAUCGUAUAGAAAAUGUGUGGGCAGAACUGAAAACGUGUGUGAGCAAGGAGGCGAGCAAGAAGGCCUACAAACCUGACUCAGUUACACCAGCUCUAUCAGGAGGAAUAUGCCAAGAUUCACCCAACUUAUUGUGGGAGCUUGUGGAAGGCUACCCGAAACGUUUGACACAAGUUAAACAAUUUAAAAGGCAAUGCUACCAAAUACUAAUUGAGUGUAUGUAAAAUUCUGACCCACUGGGAAUGUGAUGAAAGAAAUAAAAGCUGAAAUAAAUCAUUCUCUCUACUAUUAUUCUGACAUUUCACAUUCUUAAAAUAAAGUGGUGAUCCUAACUGACCUAAGACAGGGAAUUUUUACUAGGAUUAAAUGUCAAGAAUUGUGAGAAACUGAGUUGAAAUAUAUUUGGCUGAGGUGUAUGUAAACUUCCGACUUCAACUGUAUAUUGUACACACCAGCAUUUUCCCUAAUGAAGUCAAGAUUUUAGAGCACUGCAGGGCUUGGAAACAUUGCUAAUCACAAAUGAUAUGCACCAUUAAAUUACAAAUACCAAGAGUGUGGACUGUAGACAAUCAAAAGUAGCAAAACAUUAAUUAAAAAAUUUAUGAAUUAAAGGGAAAAGACCAGCUGCUUGGCCCUGGUUGAGGAUGCAGGUUUCUAUUCCUCAGGGUCUACACACUACAGACAGUUAUAAUCACUCAUGGGAACAACUCCAGACUAUUUGUUUGUCUGUCUGCUUUCCAGCCUUUCAGUUAGUCUAUUAGCACUUGUCUCUGCAGGUAUUCUCUCUCUCCAGAUGUACUGAGUCAUCUCCAGCAGAGGGAGCUAAGUCACAGAUGGGGUUCAGCAUCACCUAACGAGCUGUGUGUUACUAACACCACUAUAAGACACAGAGUAAAUCAUCUGUACAUAAUAUGUAACACAUGAUGUGUCUCAGGCUUGGCAGGUAAAGAUGGUGAACCAUAGUGAGGUUCAGUGUAAUUAUGAGUGGUGUAGGUAUCAGAGGUCAGGGUUCAAAUGCUUUGGCAAAGACCCCUGGAUGGGUAAUUACAGACCCCCUGUGUCAUCAAGUCUCAACUCAUUCCCUAACUUAGCCUGUGAUGAGAGUCCACAUGGAUGAGUUAAAAGUAUGUUCUGUUCAGCCUGGGAAAAUCCCCUGCACAUCAUGUUUCUGUGGUAAAGAACACCGACUCCUUUCUGGUCUCUUUGAUUCAGACACGUUGUAAACUUGUCAGCUCUCUGGUGGUGAUAGCACAGGUGGAAGGCUAUGUGUGUGCACGCGUGAGCAUGCGUGCGUGCGUGACAAGCCUCCAAGCCUCUCAUCUACCAGUUCCGCCCCCCUGCCGUGCAGCCACGGCUCACAGUAAAGACGUCGCUAGGCAACAAAGAUCAGGAAAAACAACAUGAAACCAUUUAAGAACUAUGUCAGAGAGAAAAGAGAGAGGGAGUGAGAGAUUAUCUCAUUUCCUUCACUGCUUGUCAUGCAAUUGUAAUGUAUUUCCCCCUUUUGGCCUGUAGAUGACAGCAGUGAGGAGUUCAACUGAGUUUAUAAUGGGUCAACAAAGUGCACUUCAGAUGUGCAGUGCAUACCGUACUAACCCUUAUCUACCCUACCGCUGCCAUAUACAGGAGAUGUUUAAUGAACAUUAUGUCUAGGCUUUAGAAGUUCUCUCUACUGUGCACAAUG